AUUGAGGGAAGAGAGAGAGAGAGAGAGAGAGAGAGAGAGAGAGAGAGAGUUUUCCUUCUUCUUCCUCCUCUGCUCUGCCCCGUUUUCCUCUGUUUCGCUCACUAUGCUCUGACCCUCCCACCCCACCGCCACCGCCACCGCCAUGCCCUCCCGCCCUCUCGACCCAUCUUCCGCCGCGGCGGUUCCUCCGCCUCUCCACCAUCACAUCCUUCCCCAGCACAAAAAGCCCAACCUCCUCCUGCCCCUCCUCGCCGCCUCCCUCACCUUCAUCUUCCUCUUCCUUCUCAUCCUCCUCUGCGUCUUCCUCUACCGCAGGCUCUCCCGCAGCCGCACCGCCCCCGCCACCACAGACUCCAAGUCCCCCCAUCACCUCCUCCAGCAUUCCCAGCUCCGCCGGUUCUCCUACUCCCUCCUGCGCCGCUCCACCGGUUCUUUCUCCCCCACCACUCUUCUCGGCCACGGCGGCUUCGGCUCCGUCCACAAGGCCACCCUCCCCACCCACCACCCUUCCCCUCUCGCCGUCAAGCUCAUGGACCCCACCCGUUCCCCUCUCCAGCAGGGUGAGCGCGAGUUCCACAACGAGCUCUCCCUCGCUCACCUCACCCUCUCCUCCCCCCACAUCCUCUCCCUCCUCGGCUUCUCCUCCAACCGCAAGGGCGACCGCCUCCUCCUCGUCUACGAGCUCAUGCCCAACCGCAGCCUCCAGGAGUCCCUCCUCGAGAGCAAGCGCCCCGAGCUAUCCGACUGGAGCGCUCGCUUUGCCAUCGCUCUUGACGUGGCCCGCGGCCUCGAGUAUCUCCACCACUCCUGCGACCCCCCCGUUAUCCACGGUGACAUUAAGCCCAGCAAUGUCCUGCUCGAUGGGGAUUUCCGGGCCAAGAUUGGAGAUUUCGGGCUUGCAAGGUUGAAGACCGACUACGAGGAUCCCAUUACCGCCCUCGAAGGGAAUAGUGGUAAUACCAAUAACAAUGGCGGAGAAGGGGAUCAGUGCGUGAGGAGGUUCAAUGGAGAAGAUAAUGGGUCGAUUCUUGAGGAGACGGAGAGCGUCUUGACGGGGUGCACCGAGGGCGCGGAUCAGUCACCUGAGAGUUGCGUGAUUCGGGUUGUGGAUGCUGGGGCAGUGUCGCCGGAGAUGGGGAUGGAGAAGGGGAGCGCUUCCGAGGGAUGCUUCGAUGGAAUAAGCAUGGAUAAUGGAGCUGUUAAUGGUGGCGAGAGGAAGGCAACGAGUUCUAGAAGGGAUUGGUGGUGGAAACAGGACAGUGGAGGAGGAGUGAAAGACUAUGUGAUGGAGUGGAUUGGGAACGAGAUCAAGAAGGAGCGGCCGAAGACAAGGUGGGUGGACGGGAGCGGUAAUGGAACAGGGACAGGCCUGAAGGCCGAGUCCAAGAGGAAGCAGAAGAAGCAGUGGGAGUGGUGGGUGUCGUUGGAUGAUAAGGAGGAGAAGGUUGCCCGGAAGCCAAGGAAGUGGUGGAAGGAGGAGUUCUGUGACGAGCUCUCGAGGAAGGCCAAGAAGAAGAAGAAGACCAAGAGAGGGCAUAGCUCGAGUAAUGGCAAUGGCGGAGGAGAGUUGUGGUGGCAGAAUGAAGAUGAAGAGGAUUUCGAUGAAUCGGGGCAAGAGCGGAAGAAGAGGAAGAGCACGAAGAGUAAUAGCCUGAGUAGCAUUGACUGGUGGUUGGACGGUCUGAGUGGUGAGCUGAUGAGGAACAAUGGGAGAAGAAAUAGCCAAGAAUGGGCCAGCUGCAACUCCGGUGAUGCGAAUAUCCCCAAGAGUGGAGCAGUUAGUAGCACCCCGAGCAUGCGAGGCACCGUAUGUUACAUCGCCCCCGAGUACGGGGGGGCUGGUGGGCCUGGAUUGAGGUUGUCAGAGAAGUGCGACGUGUACAGUUUCGGGGUUCUGCUAUUAGUCUUGGUAUCAGGCCGGAGGCCUCUCCAGGUGACCGCCUCCCCGAUGUCGGAGUUUGAGCGGGCGAACCUGAUCUCAUGGGCCCGUCAGUUGGCCUGCAAUGGGAAGCUACUGGACCUCGUCGACAAGUCCAUCCAUUCAUUGGAUGAGGACCAAGCGGUCCUUUGCAUCACGAUAGCGCUGCUUUGCCUGCAGAGAUGUCCAAGCAAGAGGCCUAGCAUGAGGGAGAUUGUCGAGAUGCUCUCGGGCCACGCAGGCCCCCCUCAGCUCCCGUUCGAGUUCUCGCCCUCCCCACCCUCGAACGCCCGAUUCAAGUCUCUGAGAAAGGCCCAAUGAGUAGGGUAGGGUAACUCAAUUACCAGUUUCCACUGACUGUAGAUUGGUAACUCACUAGAGUGAGUUUGUAUACCAAGUUAACUGUUGCUAAUUGUUAUCUUAUGAUGGUUUGCUGAAAUUGAGGGAUCCAAAAGAUAAAAAGAGAGCUUCUUGAGACAUGUCAUGAGUGGUGGGUCUUUUAAUGCAAAUGCCUGGUCCUUUUGAGAUGUCUUGCCCUGGCCUACCACCAAGUGUAUAUCUAUAUCUAUAUUUAUAUCUAUAUACAAUAUCAGCAGACGAUCUUUUCCA